CUGUUUCUUCUCUGCCGACAUAAAUUUUUUCACGAUUCGCAGGUUAUCCCGAAGACUUUUUCGACCUAUUAAAGAAGUUGAAAAUAGUAUCCGGGUGUUUGCUGUGUGCUUCGUUGUAUAAAUAACAAAGAACUAACCUCGAAAAUGUUUUCGGUUACACUGAGGUGUCUUGGAAGACAGGUGCACCAGCAAAACAAAUCCCUUGCUCCGCUCUUCACCUACUCCAAGAAUGGACUGAACACUGAGGCUACCUUUGACACCAAGCCAUUCAAACUGCACAAACUGGAAGAGGGACCAAACACAAAUGUGACCCUCUCGCGGCAAGAUGCGCUAAAGUACUACAAAGACAUGCAAAUGAUCCGCAGGAUGGAGACUGCCGCCGGCAACUUGUACAAGGAAAAGAUUAUCCGAGGUUUUUGUCACCUCUAUUCUGGACAGGAAGCGUGCUGCGUCGGCAUGAAAGCCUCGAUGAGAUCUUACGACGCCGUCAUUACGGCCUACCGAGCUCACGGUUGGACCUAUAUGAUGGGUGUCGAUCCAGUUGGAGUCUUGGCCGAAUUAACUGGCCGUAGUACCGGAUGCGCGCGAGGCAAAGGCGGCUCUAUGCACAUGUACGUCAAGAACUUUUAUGGUGGUAACGGAAUCGUCGGUGCCCAGCAACCCAUGGGGGCCGGCAUCGCCUUGGCUCUCAAGUACCAAGGCACUGAUGGAGUAUGUCUGACCCUGUACGGUGACGGUGCGGCCAACCAAGGCCAGCUGUACGAAGCCAUGAAUAUGGCCAAGUUGUGGAAACUACCCGUUAUCUUUGUUUGCGAGAACAACGGAUACGGUAUGGGUACAUCUGUGGAUCGCGCCUCCGCCAGCACGGCUUACUACACGCGCGGUGACUACGUCCCGGGAAUUUGGGUGGACGGAAUGGACGUAUUGGCUGUGCGCGAAGCAACCCGUUUUGCCAUUGAUCAUUGUGCAACUGGUAAAGGACCUAUGGUAAUGGAAGUCGUUACGUAUCGCUAUUCCGGUCACUCCAUGUCCGAUCCGGGAACGUCAUACCGUUCUCGUGAUGAAAUCCAAGAAGUCCGACAGACUCGCGACCCCAUCACGGGAUUCCGCGAGCGUAUGCUGUCUGCCGACUUGGCCACGGCCGAUGAGCUCAAGGAUGUCGACCAAAACGUUCGUCAGGUCAUCGACGACGCUGUCAAACGAGCCAAAUCCGACAAGGAAAUUGGCUUGGAUGAAUUAACAGCAGACAUUAUGUCCAAUCCUAUCGACACACGAGUCCGUGGUGUCACGGCUUUCGAUACGCUAACACACAAGCGUCUCGGCCCCGCCGUCAACAGCCUCUAAAUUUACCGAUAUCUAUACGUUCCAAGUUAGGACUUGGCAAUUGGAAAAGCAGAAGACCAGCAGCUGUGUAUGGAUGGAGUGGUUUGAGUGUACGACGCGAGGCCAUAGUUGUUAGUAAUUCGAAUGUUAAUAUCUUGUAAAUCUCUGUCACAGCUUUGAUUGUUAACAUUUCACACAAGACAAAACUGAAUAACCAAUAAAGAUCUGUACCAAGAUCAAUACAUUAGUGAAAUAAAACUA